UCAGCCUUCAGUAAAUGAAGAUAGUGUACUAAUGCUUGUAACCGAGCCUCAUAUUGAUGGACAUUUAUCGGCUGAAAUGAAUUUUUGCAGGUCUACGUGUCACCGGGCUUUCAGGGUUUAAGAGAACAUAGUGAACCAUGAUUACCACAGAGGCUGCAAGAGACUUCCAGGCCAAAGAGCGCAGAUACAAAGAGCAGCUGAGGAGAUGUUUAUCAUCUGCCUUGUCUGCAGACCUUAACAGGUUGCUGCAGGAGGAGCUGGAAGCUGAUGUGUCUCUGUGUGUUGCCUCAGGCUCACUGCGAGCACACAGAGCCGUACUGUUGGCCAGAGCUCCUCAUGUCUUUCAGAGACAGAUGCACAAAGAUCCCGCCAUCAUCAAUCUGCCUGGCUAUGAGCUGUCCGGGCUGAAAGAUUUCCUCAGGCGAGUGUACACAGCAGACCACAGCAUGCGAUCCGUGGAAAUAAUCCCAGACGUGGAGGGCUUCCUGCCAGAACCAACUCUGUCUGUCCCCGCCCCGGCGGAUCUUCAUAGUUCCACCGACUCAGAUGCUGUUGUUUUGGAGCCAGCCUCCGGCCUUGGAGCUGACUUGCUGGAUCUGUACCAGAGGGGAGAGCAGUGUGACAUCACCAUCCAAGUAGCGGAGCAGGUCUUCUCCUGCCACAGGGCAAUCCUGUGUGCACGGUCUCAGUACUUCCGAGCCAUGCUGAGUGGGAGUUGGAUGGAGAGCUCCAGACAGUGCAUCACUCUGCAAGGGUUAGGGCCAGAUGAGAUGGAGAUCUUGCUCCAGUACAUGUAUGGGGGCAUUGUGGAUCUGCCCGCCGGAGCCAGUGCCAGUCAGGUGGUGCUGGCAGCAGACAUGUUGGGUUUGGAGGGGCUGAAAGAUGUAGUGGAGAUGGUUCUGACCCGCGACUACUGCCGCUUCUUCCCCAAGCCACUUGAUGGAGUUCAGAAAACAGUUCUCGAGUGCCUGUCCCUCACGCACGCCUUAGGCCUUCAAAACCUCCACAUGCUGUGUAAGAGGUGGGUUGCUGAACAUUUUGUGAAGACUUGGUGUGAGAGAAACUUUUCUCUCUUGUCCCCUGAGCUCCACAGAGUCUGUCUAACUGCUGUAACACAAACCAUGCUGAUAGAUGUUUCCAUUCAGACUGUGCAGAAUGCAGUAACCAUGCUCUGUGGCACUGAGCAGUUGCUUGGCAGUCUCCCAGAAGUCAAGUGGGCUCAACAGGUGAGGAGUCUCGCAACAGAGUUACAGGAGGAGAGCCUACGUGUCAUUGUCCAGCACCUUCCCAGAGUCACCCUAACUCAGGCCUUCCACGACCUUCGCAGGAGGGAAGAGUUUACCCGGGAGCCCACAUUGUUGAAGAAGCUGUGUUCAGCCAUCAGGGAAGGGGUGACUGUGGACAACUGCUGUGAGCUUUUUGCUGCUGUGAACUAUCUGUGUGGAGAUGACAUGGAGGAGGACUCUAUCCUGGAGCAGAGGAGAGAAAAACAAGAGGAGCACCAGCCGUUCAGACACGAGAUUUGUAUGCUACGUGGUCGGCUGUGGACCUUCCUGCUUCAGACCUUUUACGCGGUCCGCCACACGCAGGGAUGGGAGACUCUGUCGUCCAAACACAGAGAGAGGAUACUGGCAGAUGCUAUUGAUAAAGGGGACAAUAGAAGACUUGGCAAAAGGCCGGUAUUCACAAGCUCACAGCAAAGGGCCGUAAAAUGCCCUUCAUCUGCACCUGAGAGUCCUCCUGUGCAAAGGACCCAGAGGGCGUCUGAAUACACGACUUCUUCCUCCCGUAGUGCUACAUCAGCCAUGAAGUCUGAUGGACUGGGGACAGCUAACAAACCCGGAGAUGGUCACACAUCAAAGGCAAAGAAUGUAAAGAAGCCAGGAGAUCGGAGUGUAGCAGCAAAAGGAAAGACGGCAUCAGCUGCUACGCCAGUUGUCAAUGGCACCGGAACUGCAGGGGCCAGACGCGAUGUAGCCAGCGCCAAUGGCCCCAGAAGCUCUCAUGGGGCUAAAGAGCAAGAAAAGAAGCCGAACCCAGGUGCAAGGCCUAAAACCUCCCCCCCGAGCUGCACAUCCACAAGACAAACAGCGGCAACGAAGGCUCAGAAGAGCUCGACGGGAAAGCCUGACAGCACUGCUGGCACCACCCAAACUCAGCCCAUCGCUUCAUCCACAUCAGGCAGCACCUCGCCAGAGAAUGGUGCCAGUAGCCCUCGCAAGGACACCCACUCCAUUCCAGGUGCAAAGCCCAAACACCAGGCGAAGGCAGUGACCAAAUCCCCACUGACAAAACCUCAGAAAUCAGAUGCGGCAAAGACCAACAGUCCUACCAAUAAGUCAAGUGUGAGAGAAAGUGGUAAGGUCAAGACCGGUGUAGCUGAGAAAGCGACUACUGCAGUGACAGCAGCAAAAACAGACACCAAGGGAAGAGGCACACCAGACCAUCAUGUGUCCAAGCAUGGAUCCGCCAUGAAAAAGCCAGCGUCACCAAGGAAAGAAGACGGAAAAGAAGGGUUAAAAUCCUCAACGACACACAAAGCAGGCAGUGAAACUCCUAAAAAGAUCACAAAACCUGUUUCAGGUACUGGAGCCUCAACUAAAUCCAGUGCUAAACCAGCAAAAGCUGCCUCUUCGGCCCUCUCUAAACAAUCUUCAGUUGUAGCUACCAAGUCUGGACCAAAGUCAAAAAGUACUGCUGAAUUAUCUGCGGAGAAGGCUUCACCAAAGUCUGGAGGAAUGUCAAAAACCUCUGCUGCCACCAAGAAAUCAGGAACUAAAGGAAAAGAGGCAGCCAAUAGUAAAAAUUCAGACUGUAAAACUGAGCUCGGUGAAACUGAAAACACUGCUCAUGCUGCAGUGCAUAAAGAUAGUAUAGAGCUAGCACCCUCUGACCAGCCUGCAGCACACAUUACACAGUCAACAAGCCAGGGCGGGGGGGAUACACUCAGCCUUCAACUAGACUCGAGCCCUAAGCAGAGUCUCCAGACGACUGAAACACAGUCCGGAAACAUUAAUGGUGGAGGAGAGGAGCCCAGUGUUACACCAGCAGCUAACAACGUCCCUAAUGUUAAAUCUGCUAAUGCAAACACUUGCAAACAGACUGAGGGGAGUAAAGUGAAACAGUCUCCAAGCGGUGUCAUCCCUGCUCACAUCAGCACAGGGCAAGUUCACGAGGUCAGCUCGCCAAAUUCCCAGAGAGACGCUGAACUCCCCAUAGACACCCCCUGCAGCAUGGGAAGCACUAACACACCACUAGAGGACUCCUGGAGCGGCAUCCACCAUCAGGUCAGCCCAGAAUCUGAAACUGGCAGCACACACACCACUUCCUCCGAUGACAUCAAGCCCCGCUCAGAGGACUACGACGCAGGAGGCUCACAAGAUGAUGACUGCUCCAACGACCGGGGUGUUUCCAAGUGUGGCACCAUGCGUUGUCAUGACUUUUUGGGUCGCAGUAGUAGUGACACAAGCACCCCAGAAGAGUUGAAGAUGUAUGAAGGUGGGGCUGGAUUGAGAGUGGAGGUGCGGCUGCGUGGGAAAGAGGCAGAGACUACCAGCGAGGAGGAGGGAGUAAGACGUCAUCGUUCCUGGUUGCAAAGAGAUGAGGUUCAUGUAGAGGAGGAUCACUCAGAGGUCGAGGCCACUGUGACUGUGAAAAGUGUCCCCGACCACCAGCUGUUCUCCUCUGAGGAGGAAGAGGAGGACGACAACGAAGAGGAGACGGAAGAUGAGAGGUCGGAAGUUGAGGUGAUACCAGGCCAGGCUCCAGUGCCACCGACUGAGCCUUCACCACACUUUCAGGGGAUUGUCAACCUAGCGUUUGACGACGAAGGCGUGGACCAGGAAAAUGACCAGCCUGACUACCAGCAGACAUCUAAUUUCCGUCGGUCAGUGUUACUCUCUGUUGACGAGUGUGAGGAGUUGGGCUCAGAAGAGGGCGGUGUCCAAACUCCACCUCAACAUCCCGACGACACUGUGACUCCCUGUGAUGUUUUCGAGUCCGACUCUGCAGCUCUUCAAUCUAAUUGUGCCCCUUCCAGUGACCAGCAGAACCACCUGCCGUGCCAUCUUGAAAAUGCAGGUAUGAAGCACAAAAAACAAGACGAGGAACAUGAAGAAAAAUCCUCCGUAUUCCUUACAGAGAUCCAGGAGCCUGUGCAAGAGGAGAGUAAUGACAUUCAGGUGGAUGGAAUGAAGUCCAGCGUCCCUACCGUGGACACUGACACCAGAGACCUCCCUCCCCAGGAGCGCCCAUGCCACCUGGAUCUGCGGCACACCGAACAAUACAACGGAGGGCCGCGCAAAAAUCACACCAAUGCCUCAGAAAGCAAGAAAGCUGAUUUACAUCUAGACUUAAAUGAGCCUCAGUUGACAGGGGACUCUCCUGUACAUGCUGCACAGUCUCCAGCAGGGGACAAUGGUUGUGACAGAUUGGAUCAAACCUGCAAACAUGACCGCCGACCAUCCAAAGCCCUCUCUCCCAUUUACGAGAUGGAUGUGGGAGAAGCCUUUGAGCACUGCUUGGACAAGGACAGGAAUGUUAAACUGCAAGCAGAGGAAGAAAAGAAAAGAGGAGACGAUGACAAAAGCCGUUACUUUGCAGAGCGGGACUGGAGCCUGCUCAGACAGCUCCUCUCAGACCACGAGUCCAGUCUGGGUGUCAUAAAUCCUGUGCCUGAAGAGCUCAACCUGGCCCAGUACCUUAUCAAGCAGACACUGUCCCUAUCGCGUGACUGCCUGGACUCCCAGGCUUUCCUGUCCCCUGAGAAGGAGACCUUCAAACGCUGGGCGGAGCUCAUCUCACCCAUGGAGGACUCCUCCACAAGCAUCACUGUGACCAGCUUCUCCCCGGAAGACGCUGCAUCUCCACAGGGGGAGUGGACCAUUGUGGAACUGGAAACACAUCACUGACUGCACAGAGGAGAGCCUGCUGGACAGUUGACACCCUCCUUUUUGAACUUUGAACAUAUUCACAUAAACUUUGUCUUAAUUUAUUAUAAUUUAUAAUCAUAUUCUGUCUCUCUUUUCAUGACGCGUCCUUUUUUCUAGACUCUGCAGAAGUCUGGAUUUUGCAGCAGCUUAUUGGCGUUCCUCAUCAUGCUCUCAGUGGACUGUUUCUUAACACGAACGGGCUGUUAUGCAUGCUGAUAUUUUUGUAUGUUUGACUGUUUAAUUGGUGUUGCUUCCAAAACCCUAGAAAAGAAUGAGAGUAAAACAAAAGACCAUGUCUUUCUCAUGACAGUCUUCUGAUAAAAUGGUUGACUGAAGUUUCUUAAAGAAAAAUAAUAUUGGCCUAAUAGCUUGCAUUUAGUGUCAUAUUGAAAAUAAAGAUUUGUGUUUCUGAAAAAAGAA